UCUCUCCCUCCUCCUCCUCCUUAGUCCUUCCCUCUCCCUCUCUGUCUCUAUCUAUCUCUCUCUCUCUCUCUCUCUCUCUAAGCUUUCUGAAAACAUUCAUCUCUUACUGCACAGCGUUCAGAUUUGAGAGGAACGAAAAGAGCUUCGGAGAGCGUCAAAAGGGAUUGAAGGAUCAAAACCAUACUUUUUCUGCGUAAUUCGACUCAGAAAUAUACAAUUUAUGUGAGGUUAAUAGUGUUGGUGCUUCAGUGAAGUGUAGUUAUUUUCAAUCCAUUUAAAGAAGAUUAGAUGCUUAUUCUAUCCAACUGAUGAUUGUAAUGGUUGAGGAGUAAGACUUGUUAAGUUUGAUGGUAGGAAUGGCUGUUGCUGGCUUACAUAAUGUGUCUGCGCUUGACUCUUCUUUCCUUAGGGAGCCUCAGUCUCCGGUAUCAAGGCAGUGGGGUAGUCAAGAUAGUCCGAGCACCCAGGCAUCCUCUCUCCUGCAGAUGUGGCGGGAGCUCGAGGGUGAGCCUGUGGUGCAUCAUUCACAUGUGAGGUUUGAAGAAAGGCCAAUGCGUCAAAGGAGUGAUGGGUCGAAUGUUGACCUUGUGAGCACAGAUUGGUCAGAAAGACAAGAGAGUGACAAUGGGGAGGGCGGCUUGGAGGAUGCCAAUGAUGUUGACAAUGAGAGCAGAAUAUGUUCGCAAGGGCAAAGGGGAUCCCAGAACGAAAAUGAAGACAAUUGCAGUUAUACCUCAGAGCAGUCUGUUGAUUUUGGUGAAGUGGAAAGGGAUAGGGUGAGGCAAAUUUUUCGGGAAUGGAGGAACAGUGGUAUAAGAGGCCAUCCGCAGAAUGCUUCUCGUUUGAACAACUGUUCAAGGGUACAGUGGCUUGGUGAAAAUGAAUGUGCGAGGGUUAGAAUUGUAAGAGAUUGGGUAGAAAGGACUAGCCAGCAGAGAGGCGUUUGUGGUGGCUGUAGAGAACAAGCUGCUGAAAUUGGUGUUCAAAUUGAUCAAGUUCCUGAUGGCUCGUUGGCUAAUCAUUUUGAACAUGGUGCUCGGAGGGCCAUCCGUAAAUUACACGGCAGACAAGCUCUUCUUGAUUUGUUAGCAAGGGCUGAGAGGGAAAGGAAAGGAGAACUACAGGGUUUACAAGAGAGUCGGCCUGUAUCAAGUUUUGCUCAUCGCAACCGCAUUCAGUCAUUACUCAAGGGUAGGUUUUUGCGAAAUGGAAGAUUGGUCCAGGAUGAAAAAACUAAAUCAGUGGCUGCAACUGAAUUGGGUUUACUGAGGGAGAGGCAGACUGUGUCUGGUUUGAGCCUUAAGGUGUCAGGCAUCAAGUGA